AUGAAGCAAAUUAGAGCUUUAAUAUUUAUAAUAGCAAUUUUAUCUUAAAACUAUAUAUAUGUUUACUGUGCUAGCACAAAUUAGCAAGGAGAAGAUGAAAAUAUGAAAAUAAUAAAAUAGAUUAUGGACAAAAUAUUCUAAAUGAAGAAAACCCUCAACAAUUCUACUUAGUAAAAGUAAUCAUCUCCAAAUUAAAUCAUAAAGUUGAAUAUAUUAAAUAUUGAAAAUAAUCUAAAUUCUGUAUAUCUUGGACCAAGAUUAUAAGAAAUUUUUUUGGCUCUUCAUACAAUUUUAAGUGAGGACACUAUUUCUUAUGAUUCAUUUAAAAGCUGGACAUAUGAGUAUGGAAUUAAUUUAGUUGGGAUGACAGGAGGAGCUUUAUUAGCCCUCUAGUUAUGCGAAAUUUUGUCUAUUACUAAUCCUCACUUAAAAGUUAUUUCUAUGAUUAGCAUGGCUUAUGUUGGAGAUAAGACAGUGGAUUUAUUAAAACGUUAUGAUCCUAAUUAUGUUUUAAAAAAAGAAGAUAUUUUAAAUAUUAUCGAAAUGGACUCUGCCCAUUCAUAAGCAAUAAUUAAAUACAUUAAGGAGCAUUAUUUAGAAAUAUCUUUGUACUAUAUAAAUUAAUACAAAUGA